AUGUCUCGUUUUAAUCAACAAUCAACAAUUGACCCACGUAAUCCACGCUGUCGUUCAUGUGAUACAAUGACAUCCGUUUAUUGGCGUGUUCCAGCUCGUAAUCUACUGCUGUGUAAUAACUGUUUUUUACACGAUUUGAAAACUUCUAAUCAAUAUUGUAAAUUAAAACGUAUCGAUACAAAUACGGAAGAUCUAUCAACGUUUGAAAAUCGCUUUCAUUUUUCGACGCAACUCAUCAAAGAUGAACAGGUCGUUUCUUCGUCAUCGUCAUCUUCAUCAUCGACAAUAACAAAAGUAAAACGAUCCAAAGCUAUUGAACCAGUCAAAUCUCAAGUAUCGAUGAAAAUCUCCACGAGACAGCAACCAUCUUUUCGUUCCAACAGAAAAACACUCGCAUUUAAAACGAAAAAGCCAGAGAAAUGCUCAUCUCAAUCAACAACAUUUAAAUUGUUUGAUGUUUUAUACUCAAAAGGACGGCGAUUCGAAAUUGGCGACAUUGUAUAUUUGAUCGAUUCGAAUCUUUCAUGUUUCUAUGCACAAAUUCGUGCAUUGUUUCAAGAUGAACAUGUCAAUGCUUAUGCUUUUUUAACAUGGUUAUUACCAACAUCGAUAAAAUCGUCUACAAACAAUUUUCAAUUUGAUCCUAAUGCUUAUUCAAUCGGACCCAACGAAGAAUAUCCACGUUCAUUGAAUUCACUUUCGUUCGUGUGUCAUGCUCCAUCAGAUUACUUUCAAGUCAAAACAUAUCCACAGUCAAUGACAACAGAUAAUAAACGAUCGUUUAAAUAUGUUUGGAGUCAAAUCUGCGAUAAUAAUAAUAAUACCGAAAAUGAUUGUACAUCAACACCAACACCAUCAGCUAAACGACGGCGUUUUGCUUGA